AUGGCAGCUCCCGGCGGGAAGUUCUUCAUCCAAGAUGCACUCAAGACGCCAGCAGUUCAUCAUGAAUCUUUCGAGCAACUUUGGACAACGAAAUGGCAGCAACCAUGCAAACUUGGAAUUUACCCAUUCAUGUUCAAUGCCUACGAGGACUUCGAGCCUAUAGUGGAAAGACUGAUCAGUGAAGGCCAGAAAGAACCGUAUGACUGGGACGCUUACGCUCAAGCGUUCUUCCCAAAAGCCGAGGAACUGCUCGCAGAAGCAGAACAGGCCGACCAGGAAGGCAAUCGAGAAAAAGCUUCUGAGUUCUACAUGCGAGCAUCGGCAGUAUACCGCAUAUCUCGUUUUCCUGCUCCACGCUCUGAGAAGCAGCGGUAUGCAUGGCAAGAAGGCAAGAAAGCUGCGAAGAAGGGUCUUGCUUUGAAAGAGCGACCGACGCAGGAAAUCACGAUUCUACAUAAGCAUGGCAACGAGAAGGACGGGAAAGAUCUUCCAUUCUACUAUCAUAUACCUCCUGGCACGACCAAAGACCAGCCAGUACCUCUUGUCAUCAUCUUGACAGGUCUCGAUGGCUACCGAACGGAGCUCGCUGUCUGGAUCGAAAGCUGGUCACAGAAGGAUGUUGCCGUCUUGGUCCUGGAGAUCCCUGGCACUGGCGACUCGCCCGCAGACCCAACAGAUCCCACUUCGCCUGAACGGGUCUGGUCUACCUUAUUCGAUUGGGUUGAGGAGCAAGCUGAGAUCGACCAGACUCGAAAAGCCAUGUGGGCUUUCAGCACUGGGGGUUACUACGCAAUUCGAGUCGCUCACACGCAUCCCAACAGGCUGCAAGGUUUAGUCGCACUCGGCGGAGGCUGCCACUACAUGUUCAGCGAAGAAUGGCUGUCUCAUGUCAACCGCCUGGAAUAUCCGUUUGACCUCGCAACGACGCUGGCGUACAAGUUCGGUUACGGCAAUGAUCUUGAGAAAUUCAAGAAGGAGGCCAUGAAGUUCUCGCUCCUCAAGGAUGGUACGCUCGAUAAGCCAGAGUGUUCGAAGUUGCUCCUGGUCAAUGGUGUCAACGAUGAGAUCUUCCCCAUCGACGACUACUAUUUGUGCCUCUUGCAUGGUCCUCCAAAGGAAGCUCGAUUUGUCGAUAACAGGAAGCAUAUGGGUGAGCCUGAGUCUUUCUUCGUCAUCAUUGCCUGGAUCUACAAGCUCUUCGGAAUCCAGGGUAAUCCCGGCGACCAGAUGAAGACGAUACCUUCGCGGCCGAGGUUUGUAUUCAAAGGUGCUCAGACCAAUGGUGUUUAG